AUGUCUUUCCUUCAUAAUCAUUCUUGCGAGUGCGUUAAGUCAGAAUUGGAUUUGUUUGCACUACCGUCUACACAAACUAGCAUUGAAAAUGGAUUGUGGAUUCAUUAUAAACCAAUUUCAUCUCUUGGUGAUGAUGGACCUAUCGAGUUUCAAGUUCCUGGGACCGGCGAUGACUACAUAGAUUUGUCUCAUACAUUACUCCACAUAAAGGCAAAAGUAUUAAAUCAAGAUUCAACUAACUUGGUAUCUACUACAAUAGUAGCACCUGUAAAUAAUUGGCUGCAUUCACUUUUUAGUCAACUUGAUGUUUAUUUAAACCAAAAACUUGUAUCACCACCUAAUAAUACCUAUGCAUAUCGAGCAUACAUGGAAACCCUUUUAAACUAUGCCCCUGCUGCUAAACAAUCUCAUCUUACUUGUAGUCUUUGGUAUGAGGAUACAGCAGGAAAAAUGGAUUCUACAGAUGGUAAAAACAUAGGAUUUGUUAAAAGACAGGAAUUGAUUAGUGAAAGUAAGGAAAUAGAAAUGAUUGGUCAUCUUCACGGUGACAUUUUUAACCAAGAUAAAUUUUUAAUUAAUGGUGUUGAAAUGAGUGUUAAAUUGGUUCGAUCAAGAGAGAGUUUUAAUUUAAUUGUUGGGUCGAACGAUGUAAAGUUUAAAGUUUGCAUUACGGACGCAACUCUUAUUGUUCGACGAGCACGAAUUAAUCCAAGUGUAUUACUCGCACAUCAAAAAGUUUUAGCUUCUACCACUGCUAAAUAUCCUAUUACUCGAGCUGAAGUAAAAGUUUUAACAAUUCCUUCGGGUGUUCAAGGAAAAACUCUUGAUAAUAUAUUUUUAGGACAGGUACCGAAAAGAUGUAUAAUUGGAUUUGUGAACAAUUCUGCAUUUAAUGGUUCCCUUACUAAAAAUCCAUUUAACUUUGAAAACUAUGGUAUUAAUUCUUUCAGCUUAUAUAUUGAUGGUCAACAAAUACCUUCAAAAGCUUUGCAAUCAUCUUUUAAUAAUAGCAUAUUUACAUCAGCAUAUCAUACUCUAUUCUCGGGAACUGGUAUUCACUUUCUUAAUGAAGGAAAUGGAAUCUCUUGUGAACAGUAUGGCAAAGGUUACUGUCUAUUAGCAUUUGACUUAACUCCUGAUUUAUCAGCUAACUCAUCAACUCAUUGGAAUCUCAUAAAGCAUGGUAGUGUAAGAAUAGAAGUACGAUUUGAAUCCUCAUUAAUACAAACAAUUAACUGUAUAGUUUAUGCUGAGUUUGAUAAUAUUAUUGAGAUAGAUAAAAACAGAAAUGUUACUGUAGACUAUAGUAGUUAA